AUGACGAGAAUGAAAGAAGUCAAGGAUCUGGGCAGGGUCACGGCAAAGGGUCUGGCUGCAGCUAGCGAGCCUUCCUCUGUUGACCCGAAGUCUGGCGCCAAGGACCCUGGUAAGACAUUUUGUCUGAAAAAAACCCCAUCUCUCCAAUCGGCAGGAAUCGUGGAGGCACAGAUGAAACUGUAG